UCUAGCAGAUAUGGUCCAAUAAAGAGCCCAUAAUUCUCUUCCUAACAUCUCAACUCAGAUAUCUGUGAUUCUGCAAUCUCCAAACAACGCUCUUCAAUCUCGGCCAUCCCCUCUCUCUCUCUCUCUAGAGAUGGCCAUGAGUUACCUUGUGGUCUUUCCCUCCACCACACCUAAUAACCGAGCUCUUUCAUUUUCGCCUCCAAAACUCACGCUCACGAACCCUCCGUCCCCACUCAUCCACGUCCCUACUCUACCCUCGCGAAUCCCCAAAAGGUCAAGCUUCGCCGCCCAUUCCAAGGGCAGCAACUCCGCCGACGCGCCUGACCGCCUAAUCUCGGCCAUGGUCUACUUCUACCCCUUCUUCGACGGCGUCCAGUACGGAAAAUACAUUAUCACGCAGUUCUCCCCGUUCCAGGCCUUGAUCCAGCCGCUAGUCCCGGCGAUUAGAGUCUUCAAAAGCUUCCCCUUCAACGGCUUUCUGGUCUUCCUGACGCUCUAUUUCGUGGUCGUGAGGAAUCAGAACUUCAGCAGGUACGUCAGGUUCAACACUAUGCAGGCUAUUGUUCUCGAUGUGCUGUUGAUUUUCCCUGAUCUGUUGGAACGGACGUUCAAUCCGAGGGAUGGCGUUGGAUUGGAUGUGCUGAUGAGUUUGGAUAGCACCGUCUUUUUGUUCCUAUUGGUCUCCUUGAUCUACGGCUCCUCUGCUUGCCUGCUCGGCAACCUUCCCAGGUUGCCUCUUGUUGCAGAUGCUGCAGACAGGCAGGUAUUGUAAAUUGCACCUCAUUCUUACGCAUUUAGCUUUCACCAAUUUAGCAGAUAAUUGAACAAUGGCGUUUUAUAACAUGUAAUAAUUGUCAUGAUUUUAGCUGGUGAUAUAUAUGUUGAUUUUUGGACUUUGGCUUCA